AUGAAUAAGUUUUUGGACCGCUACUCAAUGAUGAUUGUUUCAAAAUAUUUUGUGUGUUUAAACGACUUCAAAAACCUGAUUUUAGUUUGCAAGAAGUUUAACGAAAUUCCAUUGAUGUUUCACUUCAAUCCAAUUCAAUGGAAACCAAAGAUGAAAAAAUAUUUUAAAAAUGUUGAAACGCUACACUUAUAUAGCAGACACGACAAAUUUGUUCCUGGAUUUUAUCAGUAUUAUGUGCAUUACCCCACAGAACUCACAAAAUCCAAAAAGUUAAACAAAAAGAUGAAAGUGAUAUGUCCACAUAUCACAUUUUCUUCUCGUGAUUUACAAAAUGGUUUUUCAUAUAAGGAAGCCUCUAUAUUAUUGCCGAAUGCAUUUGGAUCAAAGUUGAAUAUAUUUACUGAGUUGGAGUGUUCCAAUAUUUCCAAAUUAUCAGUGAGGACUUUUACAAACAAUAAAAUGUUAAACUUAAUAACACUUUCAAAUCAUAUACAAACCAUACCUGAUUUGUGUUUUGAGGGGUGCGCCUCACUUAAAGAAAUCAAUUUAGAACACGUCAGUGAAUUUGGAACAAAGUGCUUUAUAGGGUGUGACAGCCUCUCUGCGAUCACUUUUUGCUCGAAUUUGAAAAAAUGUGGAAGAUACCCAUUUUAUGACGUGUUAUCUAUUCAACACGUGACAGCAUCUUCUUCAAAUACUAAAAGUGUUGAAUUGGAAUUAAACGCGUCAUGUUCAAGUGUAUUUUCUAAUAUCAGGAAAACAUUAUUUAUCACACAAAGUGAUGUUGGAAGAGGGUUUUCGAUUGACUGUGAAGUUACUGAAAUUUGUGAAGCCGCCUUCUUGGGAAUGAAAAAUUUGAGUGAUAAAAGCAUUGCACCAACUAUCAAAAUAAUUCGCAAAAACGCAUUUUCUUAUAGUGAUUUAAAGGUACUUGAUUUGUCAAACGUGGAGGUUUUUGAAGAACAAGAGAACCUAAAAACGUUAACCGCUCUCACAAUGAAUUCGACUAUCACUUUCAACAAUUUGUAUCGGUGCAAUUCGUUACAAUCAAUUGAGGUGGUUGGUACUAAAUUUGUGAAAGGCAAAGCUGCGUGUUGGAUGAAGACUUUAUUUGACAAAAAGAAUAUAGAAGUCGAGGAGUAUAUGUAUUCUUGUAAAGAUUGUGAGUUAUUUAACGGGAUAUUACCAUUUAAUAUCACAAAUUUAAAAACAAUAGAAAAGGAUGUAAGAUUAAAAGAUUUGGAAAUUGAAACUUAUAAAGUCCCAGAUAGUGUGACUACAAUAUAUGCCGAGAAUUUCAGAAUGUGUAAAAACAUCAAAAAAUUACUUUUACCAAAAUGUCUACAAACAAGUUUUAAUUUUACAUCACUAACAACAAUAAAAGAAGCGGCCUUACCUUAUAUAACCAAUAAUAAAUAUAAUAUUUACUCAAGUGGGCAAUUAACAUCAAUUACUUUUCUUGACGACGACAUGUUGAAUAAUAAACGGAUAAACGAAUCGAAGUUUAAAAAUCUAAAAAACAUUGAAUUUGCACAUUUACCAAAAAAUAAUAUUUAUUGUAAAAAUGUGGAUUAUAAUUUUUAUAAUUUACUAAAAACAAAAUACAAAAUUGAAGGAGACGUUGUCUUGUAUUAUCUUGAAAACUGGAAUUAUGAAAAGGGAAUUUAUAUUAUUCCAGACGAAGUAACUAUUGUUAAUAGCUAUGUCUUGUACAAUAAUGAUAAUUUGAAAGAGAUAUGGGUUGGUAGAAACACAAAGUUGAUCAAAGAAUAUGCAUUUUGUGAUUGUAAAAAUCUAGUGUUGGUUAAAAACUUAAAGAAGUCAAUGACUAUUGAAAAGUUUGCAUUUGGAAAAUCCAAUCCAAAAUUAGAAUUUGAUGACAAUAAUCCAGUUAAAAAGGCUGAAAAACUGAUGUUCUAA